UAAACUACAGAGUAAUAUGUCAUUUGUCAAAGUCAGUAACCUAUAUUUUGAAUGACAAGUUUUCCACAAAUGCCUCCACCGGGAACUAUGGGUCCCCCACCAAUUGGACCAGGAUCUAUGCCUUCAACGAGUGGCCCUCCCAAUAUGCCACCACCCGGAAUGGGUCCUCCUGGUAUGAUGGGUAUGGGUCCACCCGGCAUGGGUCCUCCACCUCCUCCUGGAAUGGGUCCACCGCCAAUGGGGCCCCCAGGAAUACCGCCUCGUAUGUCGCCGUCUAUGAUGCACGGCGGACCAAAUAUGAAAGGAAACUUUAAUCAACCAAUGGAUAUGGGACCGCCUGGAAUGGGCCCUCCGCCUAAUAUGGGGCCACCUGGAAUGGGUCCAAAUAUGGGACCAUGGGAAGGUCAAGGUCCUCCAGGAUGGGGCCGACAAGGAAGGGGCGAUGGGCCACCAGGCUGGGACGACCAAGGUGAUGAUGGUGACGAAAACGAUGAAGAUAAUGUUGAUGCAGGACCCACAGGAUCAUCACUGCCAUCCUUAUUAACAAUGAAAAUAGAUACUCCUGAAGAGUUUAGAAACAAACCACCCUCAGCAGUGGGAGGUGUAGUUCUUCCAAAGGCUUUAGAAGAGGCCUUGGCAUAUAAAGAUCAAAGACAAGCUGCAUUAGGAGAUCAAACUGAAAAAGAAACAGAGACUGAAAAGGAACCAGAAGCACCCCCAGCUCCAGUGAUCAGUACUGAGUAUGACAUUGAAGAAGAGGGGGAAUCAGAUGAGGAAAACAUUCCUGAGGCUCCGUUACCACCGGUCAUAUCCAAACAGGAGGGUCAAGACAACAAGUCGAACAAAGCUAAAAAGGUAAAUAAGAAUAAACGCAAAAAGAAGAAGAAGAAGGAAGCGAAGCAGAAGCGAAAGGAAGCUAAGAAUAAAGAAGCAGAGGGAACAGAUAAAGAUAAUUCACAGAAAUCUAGUGAUAAAGAAAAUGAGAAGGAAGCUGAAAUUGAGUAUGUUCAAGAAAACAUUCAAUUUCAUGAAUUGGAACCAAUGUACCGACAGUUCCAUCGAAUAUUAGAGGCGUUUAAAAUCACAGAGAAGAAAGAAGACAUAAAAGAAGAAUUUGGUAAAGAUGCUCCUAAACUGAGUAAUAAACCGCAAGAAAAAGUCACUGAUCAGUUUGCAGCCGACGAGGAAGCUGUUGAGAAGCACGCGGCGGACGAGAAGGACCGCCUGUCGAAGCGCAAGCUGAAGAAGCUGUCGCGGCUGUCGGUGGCGGAGCUGAAGCAGCUGGUGGCGCGGCCCGACGUGGUGGAGAUGUACGACGUGACGGCGCGCGACCCGCGCCUGCUCGUGCAGCUCAAGGCGCACCGCAACACCGUGCAGGUGCCGCGCCACUGGUGCUACAAGCGCAAGUACUUGCAAGGCAAGCGUGGUAUCGAGAAGCCCCCCUUCGACCUGCCAGACUUCAUCAAGAAGACGGGAAUCAUGGAGAUGCGUGCGUCGCUGCAAGACAAGGAGGAGACCAAGACCCUGAAGGCCAAAAUGCGCGAGCGGACACGACCGAAGCUUGGCAAAAUCGAUAUCGAUUACCAGAAACUACACGAUGCGUUCUUCAAAUGGCAAACAAAACCCCGUAUGACCAUUCAUGGGGAUUUGUACUACGAGGGUAAGGAGUUCGAGACCCGGCUUCGGGAAAAGAAACCGGGUGACCUCUCUGAAGAGCUGCGAACCGCUCUGGGUAUGCCCGUGGGCCCGGGAUCGCACAAGGUGCCGCCGCCGUGGCUGAUCGCGCAGCAGCGCUACGGGCCGCCGCCCUCGUACCCCAACCUGAAGAUCCCCGGCCUCAACGCGCCCAUCCCCGAGGGCUGCGCCUUCGGCUACCACGCCGGCGGCUGGGGCAAGCCGCCCGUCGACGAGACCGGCAAGCCGCUGUACGGCGACGUCUUCGGCCACCACUCCAGCGGACAGGACGACGCUGAGGAUCAAGACAUUGAUAGGACUAUGUGGGGUGAACUGGAAUCGGAGUCUGAGGAGGAAUCUGAAGAAGAGGAGUCGGACGAGGGCGAGCCGGCGGGCGCGGAGGCGGCGCUGGCGGCGGGCGCGGCCACGCCGGGCGAGGGGCUGGUCACGCCGCUGGGCACCAGCUCCGUGCCGCCCGGCGUCGAGACGCCCGACACCAUCGAGCUGCGCAAGAAGAAGCUGGACUCCGACGUCGAGGGCGGCGACACACCCGCGCUGUACCAAGUGUUGCCGGAGCGGCGUGUGGGGCUAACGGCUGGAAUGAUGGCCUCUACGCACGUUUACGACAUCAACGCCGCCAACCCUGGCAAGCGCGCGGCGGCGGGCGCGGCGGGCGGGGCGGGCGCGGCGGGCGCGGCGGGCGGCGAGGCGGGCGGCGUGGACGUGGCGCUGGACCCGUCCGAGCUGGAGCUGGAGCCCGAGGCGGUGGCGGCGCGCUACGAGCGCCAUCUGCGCGAGACGCGCCCGCGCGCCAAGGAGGACCUCUCCGACAUGCUGGCCGACCACGUCGCGCGCCAGAAGAACAAGCGGAAACGUCAACAAAAUACGGAUUCCAAACAAGCGAAGAAAUACAAAGAAUUCAAGUUUUAAUUGUAAUACAAUUAUAUAUUUUAAAUAUAAGUGUACUGACUAUAA